CUAAUAGGGUAGUCGAAUCAUUAUCAGCUCCAGCAAAAAAAUUCUGUGCGUUUUUUAUUGAUCUCCGAAUUUGUAAUUUCAAAAGAACUUUUAUUGCAUAAUAGUAACUAAGCUGUAAAAAGAGAGAGAAAAACAAGUAGCAGUAAGCACAACUUUUAUCAGAAAAUCGACAAUGAACAUGGACGCAGGCAACUCUGUGGAGAACCGUGAGAAGGAGCGCGAUCGUCGUGGACGUGGAGCACGUGGCUCUCGUUUCUCAGACGCGGAUGGCAAUGGAAAUGCCGGUGGCAAUCAGGGAGGUGGUGGCGGAGGAGGCGGUGGUGGCGGCAACAACAUUCGCGACCGUAGUCGCGAGCGUCGCAACUGUCGGGUGUACAUUUCGAACAUUCCCUACGAUUACCGCUGGCAGGACCUGAAGGACCUGUUCCGUCGCAUCGUCGGCUCUAUCGAAUACGUGCAGCUGUUCUUCGACGAGAGCGGCAAGGCGCGUGGCUGCGGCAUCGUUGAGUUCAAGGAUCCGGAGAACGUGCAGAAGGCCAUGGAGAAGAUGAACCGCUACGAGGUGAAUGGCCGUGAGCUCGUGGUUAAGGAGGAUCACGGCGAACAGCGAGAUCAGUAUGGACGGAUUGUACGGGAUGGCGCUGGAGGCGGUGGUGGAGGUGGAGGAGGAGGAGGCAAUGGCGGCAACAAUGGAGGAGGAGGAGGAGGUGGCGGUGGUGGCCGUGAUCACAUGGACGACCGUGACCGGGGCUUCUCCCGCCGAGACGACGACAGAUUAUCUGGGCGUAAUAAUUUUAACAUGAUGUCAAAUGAUUAUAAUAAUUCGUCGAAUUACAAUUUGUAUGGGCUUUCUGCUUCGUUUUUGGAGAGUCUUGGCAUAAGUGGACCUUUGCAUAAUAAGGUUUUUGUUGCUAAUCUGGACUACAAGGUGGACAACAAGAAACUCAAGCAGGUCUUCAAGCUGGCCGGCAAGGUGCAGAGCGUAGAUCUCUCGCUGGACAAAGAGGGCAACAGCCGCGGCUUUGCUGUGAUCGAGUACGAUCAUCCGGUGGAAGCGGUGCAGGCCAUUUCCAUGUUGGAUCGGCAGAUGCUCUUCGACCGUCGGAUGACCGUCCGUCUGGACCGAAUUCCGGACAAGAACGAGGGCGUGAAGCUGCCAGAGGGCUUGGGUGGUGUCGGCAUCGGCCUGGGACCCAACGGCGAGCCGCUGAAGGACGUGGCUCACAACCUGCCCAACGGUGGUCAGAGCCAGGGCCAGCUGCUCGGCAACUCGCAGCAAGGAUCCCAGCUGGGAUCGGUAAGUGCUAGCCAGGCUAACAGCACUGCCGUAAGCAACGCUACCAAUCUGUUGAACAACCUGACCGGCGUGAUGUUCGGCAACCAUGCAGCGGUGCAGCCCUCGCCAGUGGCUCCGGUGCAAAAGCCCAGUCUGGGAAACAAUUCUGGAUCCGGUGGAUUGAACUUGAACAAUCUCAAUCCCAGCCUGUUGGCCGCCGUGGUUGGAAAUCUGGGCAGCCAGGGAGGCAAUCUGAGCAACCCCUUGCUGACUUCGUCGCUGAGCAACCUGGGUCUCAAUCUGGGUAACUCGGGCAAUGAUGACAGCCUAGCCGCUAGCAAUGUGGGACUUUCGAACAACUACAGCAGCGGCGGCAGCGGUGGUGGCAAUAACUAUAGCUCUGGCAACAACUACAGCGGAGGUGGAGUCUCCGGCAACGUUGGAUACAAUGCCUACAGCAGCUCAGGCGGAGUUGGCGGUGGCAACGGAGGAGGCGUGGACAGCAACGAUUACAACUCGGGCAACCAGUUGGACCUCUUCGGAGGCGGCAGCAAUGUGGGUAACUCUAAUGUUGGAUCGGGAAAUGCUGGUGGCGGUUCCCGAAAGUCGGACACCAUCAUCAUUAAGAACGUUCCAAUGAGCUGCACCUGGCAGACGUUGCGCGACAAGUUCCGUGAGAUUGGGGACGUCAAGUUUGCUGAAAUCCGCGGCAAUGAUGUGGGAGUGGUGCGAUUCUUUAAGGAGCGCGAUGCCGAGUUGGCCAUAGCUCUGAUGGAUGGUUCCCGUCUGGAUGGGCGCAACAUUAAAGUAACAUACUUUUAAGUCGGCAGAUUGGGUUCCGAAAUGGAUUAUUCGGAUCUUGGCGCCAAUUGAAACUUCAAUCAUGACCACAUCCACAGAUGACCAAUGAGCAGAUUUUCCUUAUUUCCCCCGCAAAACCAAAAUUAUUGUCAUCGAAGACACGAAAGCUCAUCCAAACGAAUACACCCACAUAUUUGUAUAACUUUUAUAUAUACGCAUAUUAUACAGACUAAUAUUAUGAUUAUUGACGUUCCAAAAAAGAAGAACCAAUAAAUCAGAAGACGCGAUUCAAGUUA